AUGCUGGGGAGAGCCGACCGUUUGCUGAGGAGGUUCUCCACCGCCGCCGCGGUGUAUUACCAAAACAGACUAAAGCUAGCUUUAAUAGGUCAGAGUCUUUUUGGACAAGAGGUUUACAGACAUUUGCAAAAAGAAGGCCACAAAGUUGUGGGAGUGUUCACUGUCCCAGACAAAAAUGGAAAGGCCGACCCUUUGGCAUCAGCUGCAGAAAAAGAUGGAACCCCUGUAUUUAAGUUCCCAAAGUGGAGAGUUAAAGGCAAGCCUAUCCAGGAAGUUCUUGAAGCCUAUAAGUCAGUUGGAGCAGAGCUGAAUGUACUUCCCUUCUGCACACAGUUUAUUCCCAUGGAUGUUAUUGACAGUCCAAAGCAUGGCUCUAUUAUUUACCAUCCAUCAAUCCUUCCCCGUCACAGAGGAGCAUCUGCAAUCAACUGGACUUUAAUUCAGGGAGACAGAAAAGCAGGAUUUACAAUCUUCUGGGCAGAUGAUGGUCUGGACACUGGCCCAAUUCUCCUGCAGCGAGAAUGUGAUGUUGGUCCAAACGAUACCGUGGAUGACCUGUACAAUCGGUUUCUUUUCCCGGAAGGAAUAAAGGCUAUGGUAGAAGCCGUGCAAUUAAUUGCUGAUGGUAAAGCUCCUCAUAACCCCCAGUCUGAAGAAGGGGCUACUUAUGAAGGCAUCCAGAGGAAAGAAAAUGCAGAGAUUUCUUGGGAUCAACCAGCAGUAGCUUUGCACAACUGGAUCAGAGGACAUGAUAAAGUACCUGGUGCUUGGGCACUGAUUGAUGGUCAGAGGGUUACUUUCUAUGGGUCAACAUUACUUGAUAGUUCAGCACCCCCUGGUGAAGAAUUGGCAAUAGAAGGAGCCCCCCAACCUGGACUUGUAACCAAGAAUGGGCUUGUUGUUUUUGGCAAUGAUAGAAAGAUGUUGCUGGUAAGAAAUCUACAGUUUGAAGAUGGAAGAAUGAUCCCAGCAUCUAAAUAUUUUUCUAGUGAUGAGGUGUCUGCUAUAGAUCUCACUGAAGAGGAGAAAAAGAUGGCAGAACAUAUCAAGUCCAUUUGGAAAGGAAUUUUGAGCAACGUGGCUGCGAUUGAGGACUCCACCGACUUCUUUAAAUCUGGAGCGUCCUCUAUGGAUGUUGUUAGAAUGAUUGAAGAGAUUAAGCAAAAUUGUGGUGGCCUCGAGCUACAGAAUGAAGAUGUCUACAUGGCACCUAAAUUUGGAGACUUUAUCCAAAUGGUUGUCCGGAAACAUCGAGGAGACGACAAGGAGGAAGAACUAGUCAUAGAUUAUGUUUCAAAAGAUGUCAACAAUAUCACUGUAAAGAUGCCACAUCAAUGUUUUAUCAACGGACAGUUUAUAGAUGCUGAAGAUGGAAAAACAUAUGACUCUAUAAAUCCAACUGAUGGAUCAGUGAUUGCCCAGGUGUCCCUGGCUACCAUCAGUGAUGUUGACAAAGCAGUUGCAGCUGCAAAGGAGGCCUUUGAGCAAGGUGAAUGGGGAAGAAUGAAUGCUAGAGAACGAGGGAGAUUAAUGUACAGACUUGCAGAUCUGAUGGAGGAGCACCAAGAGGAACUGGCAACCAUUGAAGCCAUCGACUCAGGAGCUGUUUACACUCUAGCUUUGAAGACCCACGUAGGAAUGUCUGUGCAAACACUCCGAUACUUUGCUGGAUGGUGUGACAAAAUACAGGGGUCUACCAUCCCAAUUAACCAUGCACGUCCAAAUCAUAAUUUAACUUUCACCAAGAAAGAACCUUUAGGUGUCUGUGCAAUUGUCAUUCCUUGGAAUUACCCACUGAUGAUGCUUGCGUGGAAAAGUGCAGCGUGUUUGGCUGCUGGCAACACCUUAGUUCUGAAACCAGCACAGGUCACUCCUCUGACUGCCUUGAAGUUUGCAGAGCUCUCUGUCAAAGCAGGAUUUCCCAAGGGUGUUAUAAAUAUUCUACCUGGCUCAGGUGGUUUAGCAGGACAACGCUUGUCUGAACACCCAGAUAUUCGUAAACUUGGAUUUACUGGUUCAACGCCAAUUGGGAAACAGAUCAUGAAGAGUUGUGCAGUCAGUAACCUGAAGAAGGUUUCCUUGGAACUGGGUGGAAAAUCUCCACUGAUUAUAUUUAAUGACUGUGAACUUGACAAAGCUGUGAGGAUGGGCAUGGGGGCAGUUUUCUUCAACAAAGGAGAGAACUGCAUUGCGGCUGGUAGACUGUUUGUGGAAGAAUCCAUUCAUGAUGAAUUUGUUAGGAGAGUGGUGGAAGAAACCCAAAAGAUGAAAAUCGGCGAUCCACUGGACAGAUCCACAGACCACGGUCCCCAGAACCAUAAGGCUCAUUUAGUAAAGCUUCUGGAAUACUGUGAAAUUGGAGUGAAAGAAGGAGCGACAUUGGUGCACGGAGGAAGACAAGUAUGUAGACCAGGUUUUUUCAUGGAACCUACCAUCCUGACAGAUGUUGAAGACCAUAUGUAUGUUGCAAAGGAAGAAUCUUUUGGCCCUGUAAUGGUCAUUUCCAAGUUCAAAGAUGGGGAUGUUGAUGGAGUACUAGAACGAGCCAACAGAACAGAAUACGGCCUGGCUUCAGGGGUCUUCACCAAAGACAUAGGCAAAGCUCUGUAUGUCAGCGACAAACUGGAAGCGGGAACGGUUUUUAUUAACACCUAUAACAAAACUGAUGUGGCAGCCCCAUUUGGUGGAUUCAAACAGUCUGGCUUUGGAAAAGAUUUGGGUGAAGAAGCACUUCAUGAGUAUCUCAGAACAAAGGCGGUAACCGUGGAAUAUUAA